AUGAAAAAGGACAAGAGCCAUGGCCGGGAUGAGGCGGACUGCAGGACGGAGCUGAUCCUCAUCAACGGGGACUGCACCGAUCCCACUAACGACGCACCCGCCCUUGUUCUGGAGGCGAAUAGGAAGCCCAGCGCUCCAGAUGCCGGGGGCCUGGGGCUGCCAUCCCUGAAGAACAACAAGAGGGUCAGCAAGGGAGACCUCUCCAAGGAUGGCCUGUCCUGGCCGCUCACUCUCGCUGGGACGCAGGAGGUGCGGCCCCGGGGCAGCGCCGGUUGGGAGAGCAGCCUCAGGCAGAAGCCCCCCGUCCGCCUCAUCUUCCAGGCAGGGCAGACCCAGCAUGAGAUGAAGGUCAAGGAAACGAACAGCGUGGAGACUCUCAGGGACCUGCCAACUCCCUUGCGGAGCUCCAAGCGGCGUCUGGCCACAUCUGUCCCCGUGACCACCAUCGACCUGACGGAGGAGGACUCCCGGGACUCGUCCCGGAGCAGCAGCACGCUCUCUGGCAGCAGCUCCCAGGAGGGGCAGAAUGGCUCUGCCGAGCUGGGGACCGAGGAGCCGGAGAGCAGAGACACGCGGAUGGCGCUGGAGUACCAGGAUGGGAAGGAAUUUGGAAUUGGGGAGCUCGUCUGGGGAAAGAUCAAAGGUUUCUCCUGGUGGCCUGCGAUCGUCGUCUCCUACAGAGCCACAGCCAAGCGGCAGGCUGUCACAGGCAUGCGGUGGGUGCAGUGGUUUGGAGACGGGAAGUUCUCUGAGGUUUCUGCAGACAAGCUGGUGGGACUGAUGGCAUUUAGGCAGCAUUUCAAUUCUUCAACGUUUAAUAAGCUGGUCUCCUACCGACGAGCCAUAUACCACGCCCUGGAGGUUGCCCGGAGCCGGUCGGGGAAGACGUUUGCGGCCACUCCUGGAGAGUCUCUGGAGGAGCAGCUGAAGCCCAUGAUCGACUGGGCACUCACCGGCUUCAAACCCUUGGGCUUCAAGGGACUGCGACCACCCAAAGCCUCAGAGAACGGGGCCCUGAGGAACGGGACGGAGGAGGUGCUGUCCCUCGAGCAGUGUCCCCCUCCCAAGAGGCUGAAGACCAACCUCUGCAACAACAACAAGGAGCAGCGAGUGGAGGAGGACCAGACCCGAGAGCAAAUGGUUUCUGAAGUUACGAACAACAGUGGGAGUCUCGAAGACAGCUGUUUGUCCUGCGGAAGGAGAAACCCAGCCACCUUCCACCCGCUGUUCGAGGGGGGCCUCUGCCAGACGUGCAGGGAUAGAUUCCUGGAGCUCUUUUACAUGUACGACGAAGAUGGCUACCAGUCCUACUGCACUGUCUGCUGCGAAGGGAAGGAGCUGCUGCUCUGCAGCAACGCCAGCUGCUGCAGGUGCUUCUGUGUGGAGUGUUUGGAGGUGUUGGUGGGGCGAGGGACGUCGGCCAAGGCAAAAGAGCAGGAGCCCUGGAACUGCUACAUGUGCCAGCCCCAGAGGAGCUACGGGGUGCUGCAGCGCCGGCAGGACUGGAACACCCGCCUGCAGGACUUCUUCACCAGCGACAAGGGACAGGAAUACGCUGCACCCAAAAUCUACCCAACGGUCCCACCAGCGAAGAGGAGACCCAUUCGAGUGCUCUCUUUAUUUGAUGGCAUAGCAACAGGGUACCUGGUGCUGAAGGACUUGGGCAUCCAAGUGGAGAAGUACAUCGCCUCGGAGAUCUGCGAAGACCCCAUUGCUGUGGGCACCAUGCGGCAUGAGGGCAACAUCACCUAUGUGCAUGACGUCAGGAACAUAACCAAGAGAAACAUCGAGGAGUGGGGUCCCUUUGACCUGGUGAUCGGUGGAAGCCCCUGUAACGACCUGUCCCUUGUCAACCCGGCCAGGAAGGGGCUGUAUGGUAAGGCCGCUUUGCCUCUGCAGAGCUGGGUACCCCCGGGGUGUUCCUGGGCUGUAAAUUGUGGGGUUGCACCUGCAAAGCACAGACUGUCUCCAUGCCAGUUGCGGUGGGGAGAGCAGCCAGGCCCCCUGGAUCCGUGCCCCCUGUGCCACAGCCGGUCCCAACCCGCCGCUCCGGCUUUCUCCCUUGCAGAAGGAACCGGGAGGCUGUUCUUUGAAUUUUACCACCUGCUCAACUACGCCCGUCCCAAGGCAGGAGAGGAGCGCCCCUUCUUCUGGAUGUUUGAGAAUGUGGUGGCCAUGAGAGUCAACGACAAGAGGGACAUUUCUCGAUUUCUGGAGUGUAACCCGGUUAUGAUUGACGCUAUCAAGAUAUCGGCUGCCCACCGAGCACGCUAUUUCUGGGGCAACCUUCCAGGGAUGAACAGGAUCUUCGGCUUCCCCCUCCACUACACAGACGUCUCCAACAUCAGCCGCGGGGCUCGCCAGAAGCUGCUGGGGAGAUCGUGGAGCGUCCCCGUCAUCCAGCACCUCUUUUCCCCGCUCAAGGAUUACUUUGCCUGUGAAUAG